ACGAAUGGGGCCGGGGGUAGUGACGUCAGGUUUGCUUUUCCGGUUGAAGAAACGCCAUUCGCUACUGUCAAUAGACGCUCUGAUGACAUUGAAAUGUUAAUAGCCACUAUUUGACUUCGCAACUGAAUGAAUACGGGGAGGGCAGAUCCCAGCACAGGAUCACAUUCAUAGAUUUGUGAAAUUGGGUGGGUAAGGGAUUAGGGAUCAGAGAUUGUCGAUUGCCGAUCAGGCAAAAAAAUAAAAUAAAAAAUGGCGAUUUGUGGCAGGCUUUUGCAUCCAAUUACCCCUCAGAAUGUAAGUUUUAGUGCGCAGAGGAAGCAAUGUUUAUGGGGAGGAAGGGGCAGUAUGAGGAUGAAGAUCAGGAUGGAAAUGGCGAAGGUGAAGAAGGAGGAGGCAAUGCGAUGGGAGUGGAAAAAGGCGGAAGCAAUAGUGAAGGAGGUGGAGGAGGCGUGCGCCACUCCGAUCCCUCGCCUGAGGGAGGUGGCGGAUGCGCUGGUAGAGCAUAUGGAAGCGGGUCUUGCAUCUGAUAAUCAAUUGCUCAAGAUGGUCAUCACCUAUGUCGAUUCCUUGCCAACAGGGAAUGAGAAAGGCCUUUUCUAUGCUUUGGAUCUUGGGGGAACCAAUUUCCGUGUGUUGCGUGUACAGCUGGGUGGUAAGGAAGGACGAGUUGUUGACCAAGAAUUUGAAGAAGUUACUAUUCCUACAAAUUUGAUGGUUGGCACAGAAAAGGAACUGUUUGAUUACAUUGCUUCAAAACUAGCAAAUUUUGUCACAAAGGAAGGUAAAAACUUCCGUGUAGAACCUGGCCAUCAACGGGAGCUUGGUUUCACCUUUUCUUUUCCAGUGCAUCAAACAGCAAUUGCCUCUGGUACACUUAUCAAGUGGAGCAAGGGGUUUUCUGUCUCUGAAAUGGUUGGCAAGGAUGUGGUGGUAGCUUUAAAGGAGGCCAUGGAAAGACAAGGUUUGGAUAUGCGUGUCUCUGCUCUGGUGAACGAUACUGUGGGAACAUUGGCUGGAGGACGAUAUCGAGAUGAAGAUGUUAUGGCUUCUAUUAUUCUGGGCACUGGAACUAAUGCCUGCUAUGUGGAACGUGCAGCUGCAAUCCCAAAAUGGAAAGGUCAUCUCCCAGAGUCUGGUUAUAUGGUUAUCAACACAGAAUGGGGGAACUUUUGGUCUCCUCAUCUUCCUUUGACAGAAUUUGACAAGGCUCUUGAUGCAGAAAGUAUAAAUCCUGGAGAUCAUAUAUUUGAAAAGCUUAUCUCAGGAAUGUAUCUGGGAGACAUUGUAAGAAGAUUGUUAUUGAAAAUAGCUGUAGAAGCUGCUCUAUCUGGAGAUAGCGUUCCAGCCAAACUCAAAGAGCCAUAUGUAUUAAUGACCCCAAAUGUAUCUUCUAUGCACCAGGAUGCCUCUUCUGAUCUAGAAGUAGUUGAAAACACAUUGAGGAAUGUGUUUGGGAUAUCAAACAUUCCUCUGGAAACACGAAAACUUGUGGUUGAAGUUUGCAACAUUGUAACAGUACGUGCUGCUCGUUUGGCAGGAGCUGGUAUUGUGGGAAUACUAAAGAAAUUAGGGAGAGAUGUCAUUGGACCCACAGGCAAAAAUAAGACUGUUGUGGCAAUUGAUGGAGGACUGUAUGAGCACUAUCCUCUCUUCAGGCAAAACAUGCAAAUUGCAGUCAAAGAAUUGCUUGGAAGUGAGGUCUCAGAAACUGUGGUUAUAGAACAUUCAAAAGAUGGUUCAGGUAUUGGAGCUACUCUCCUUGCCGCCUCUAACUCACAGUAUUCAAAGAGAUCUUGAUGCAGGUACUUUGUAAGAUUUCUCUGCUACUGCGGCACAUUACCACAACUUUUUGAUUCUUUAGCCCCGUAAGGGUAAAUCAUCCGGUCAUAUGGAGCAACUGAUUUUGAUCUCUCUCAGGCAUGUGGACACCAAUUAGCUUGUUUGUUUUGGAGGUCAACUGUAGAGUUUAAUUUACAGUCUAAAUAAAAGGUCUGCUUGGGAAUAUUGUUUCUCAGGCAGAAAUUGAAAAUUUUGAGCACGGAAUCGAACCUGAAUUUGGUUUAUAAUGGUCAGUAAAACAAGGGAUCACUUUGGCUCAGUUUAUGAGGCAAUUACUAGUAAGUUUACAGCUGUGCUGAUCUUACAGUUGCUUUGCUCGACUCUGACAUUUUUAUGUGAAUUUUAUCUUUGCUAGAGUUUUAGAUUCCAUCUUAUUUAUAGGGACUAUAAAUGUUGAAUUAUCACCUGUAGCAUGAAGUUGUGAAUGAAUCGGUAGCAUUGGAGCUGAAUAAAACUAGAUGUUCUAUGUUCCAAAUUGUGCAGAGAAGGAAAUUUUGAACUCUUGUCCUUGGACAUAUUUCAAAGGAGUCAAACUGCUUUCCGUUCC